UCGUAUAAUACAGUAAGAAACCAUAAGGAAAGGUUGACAGCCGACGGCCAUUAACAGUGACGCUUUCACGAUUAUACUAAAAAUUCAGUAAAUAAGCGCGAUAAUCACAUGGCCGAGAAUGAUACUGACGUGAUGGAGUACGAGAACGCCGACGAAGGCGUCGCAAACCCCGAAGAGUACGAGGAGGAAGAAAACUUUGAAAACGACGUCGACAUAGGCGACGAUUUUGUCGGCGGAAGAGGCAGACGGCCGAAUUUCAGAGGUCGCGGACAACAACCAAGAGGCGGUUGGAACGGACCACCUGCUAUUAGACCGGAAGGUGGAUCAAGGUUUCGAGGUAGAGGCUUUGGACCAGGUGGACCAUUACAAUUUAGAGGCAGAGGAGGCCCUCCACCCCCGAUGUUUGCUGGAAGAGGAGCACCACCAAGAAAUCCACCGCCAGGCGGAUUUAAUGGUCAUCCAAACUUUAAUGGACAGAAUUGGGGACCACCUGGUGGACCGCCAAACAUGAUGGGAGGUCCCGGUUCCAAUGGUCCAGGCCCUUUCGGACCACCAAAUAUGAUGGGGGGACAACUAAAUAUAAACAGUGCCCCACCACCGCUUCUGGGGGGUCCAAAUAAUCCCGCUGGUGGGAAUCCAGCCGGAUUUAGUGGUGGAGGUCCACCCAACAUGGUAAGAAUAUUGUAAUAAUUUUAAUAAAGG